AUAACUAAAAACACAAGUACAGAAAAUACUGUUUAAGAAUAGGAUUACAUGGUCUUGAAAAUUAAUAUACUACCAGUCACGACUGGAAAAGUAGUACGAGAUACAGACACUUGUCCUUAAUUAUUAAUCUCAUCUACCCUCCGGUUAACCGGAGAUAAUAAUCCGGCGGUAUGGCUCCUCCCCAUGAUGACACCAACUUGAAAGCUUCCGAGGAGUCUCGUCCUGUUUCUACCAUCCUCAUCAUCAUCGCUAUGCAAACUGAAGCUAUGCCGCUAGUAAACAAGUUUCAGCUUUCUCAAGCUGUUGAUUCUGUGUUCCCAAAAGGCGUUCCUUGGGUCCGUUAUCAUGGAACUUACAAAGAUUUGAAUAUUAAUAUCAUCUGGCCGGGGAAGGAUGAAGUUCUCGGGGUUGACAGUGUGGGUACUGUUUCUUCCGCACUAGUGACUUAUGCAUCUAUUCAAGCUUUACAACCUGACCUUAUUAUCAAUGCUGGUACCGCGGGUGGCUUUAAGGCAAAGGGUGCGUGCAUUGGUGAUGUGUUUCUUGUGUCCGAGGUUGCCUUUCAUGAUAGGAGGAUACCUAUCCCUGUGUUUGAUCUCUACGGAGUUGGUCUCCGACAGACAUGCUCAACACCAAAUAUAUUAAAGGACCUCAAUCUGAAGGUUGGAAAACUGUCUACCGGUGACUCCUUAGAUAUGUGCACGCAGGAUGAAUCAUCUAUCAUUGCCAACGAUGCAACAGUUAAAGACAUGGAGGGGGCAGCUGUUGCUUACGUGGCGGAUCUUCUAAAAGUCCCUGCAGUAUUUGUAAAAGCUGUGACAGAUAUCGUUGAUGGUGAGAAGCCUACUAGUGAGGAGUUCCUGGAAAAUUUAGCUGCAGUUGCUGCUGCACUUGAGCAGGCAGUUGCCCAAGUCAUUGAUUACAUCAGCGGGAAGUGCAUCUCAGAACUCUAAUAAUCUUAUCAUAUUGUCCUGUAGCCGAGGCACAUCAACACUUUUGAUUUACAUCUACAUGGUCAUACUUAUAAAACAAACGAUUUAUGUAACAUAGCCUAUUGAUUAUCACUAUAUUAAAGAGGGGUAUCUAUAUUUCUGGUCA